UGAUGCCCAUUCAACGUAACCCCUCCUUAGUUUCCUCAUCACCAUCUUCUCCUCUCUCUCUCUCUUCAUCUCAAUAUAUCAAACAUCUUGCUUCUGUUUCUCUUCUUCAUCCAUGGCUCAAGAGAACAGUUUCAAGAAGAGAAAGAUCACCACCGUGGACGACGGUGGAGGACUUUUAGAAUCCCUUCCCGGAGAUAUCCUCACCGACAUAUUCUCUCGCCUUCCCAUCUCCUCCUUAGCUAAACUCAUGUUCGUUUGCAGAUCUUGGAGAUCCAUUUUGACGACACAACACGGUCUUGUCUCUUCUUCUUGUUCUUCCGACAAGAAGCCAUGUCUUCUCCUUCACUGCGAUUCGCCAAUACGCAACGGCCUCCACUUCUUGGACUUGUCUGAAGAAGAGAAACGUAUCAAGACCAAGAAAUUCACCUUAAGAUUCGCAUCUUCCAUGCCUGAGUUCGACGUGGUAGGUUCUUGUAACGGUUUGCUCUGUUUGUCUGAUUCUCUUUACAACGACUCUCUCUACCUCUACAACCCUUUCACCACAAACUCCUUAGAGCUUCCUGAAUGUUCCAACAAGUACCAUGAUCAAGAACUCGUGUUCGGCUUCGGGUUCCAUCAAAAGACAAAGGAGUACAAAGUUGUAAAGAUAGUUUACUUCAGAGGUAGUAGUAGUAUCUACCGAGGUCGUGGUCGGAUCCAGUACAAGCAAUCAGAGGUUCAGGUCUUAACGUUGCCAACAAGAAGAGACCAAUCUUUAUCUUGGAGAAGCUUAGGGAAAGCUCCUUACAAGUUUAUGAAACGUCCCACGGAGGCUUUGGUCAACGGGAGGUUACAUUUUGUUACAAGACCUCGUAGGCACGUGCCCGAUCGUAAGUUUGUAUCAUUUGAUCUUGAAGAUGAGGAGUUUAGAGAGAUACCUAAACCGGAUUGCGGUGGGCUAAACCGGAUUAACCAUAGGCUAGUGAACCUUAAAGGGUGUCUUAGUGCCGUUGUUUAUGGAAACUAUGGGAAGUUAGAUAUAUGGGUUAUGAAGAGCUAUGGGGUUAAGGAGUCUUGGGGCAAAGAGUAUAGCAUUGGGACUUACGUGCCGAAGGGGCUAAAGCAGAGUUCGGACCGACCAAUGUGGAUUUGGAAGAACGCUGAGAAUGGUAAAGUGGUUAGGGUUUUGUGUGUGUUGGAGAAUGGAGAGAUCUUGUUGGAGUAUAAGAGUAGGGUUCUUGUGUCUUAUGAUCCAAAAUUGGGUAAGUUUAAAGAUCUUGUUGUUCAAGGUAUGCCUAAUUGGUUUCACACUGUUGUUCAUGUUGGAACAUUAUCUUGGCUUGAUACACCACUUGAUUUAUGAAACCUUUUUUAAAAAGAAAAUUCUUCAUUUUUAUUGUCA